UCAAUCACUCCCGUGGGACAUAUGAUUCAUAAAAUCCAUUUAAUUAUGGUUCGGUUUAAUCAAAUUUGGUGACCUCAAGUGUUGUCGGGUCUUAGUUACGUUAUUUACAAAUUAUGAUGUGUACUUUGUAGGCCACUAUCGAACGACAUUCAUAAAAUAUUGGCUCGAAUUUGAGUUUUAGAUUUUCAACGGCUUUAAGUUUGCUGUCAAAGGUUUCUGAUCUUAUUUUUUCUUGUCCUGAGCUUUGUAACUCGAGCCAAAAAUUCAAACAUAGGGUCAGCAUAGUAAGGGUCGACGAGGCAGAACAAAAAUGAUUUUACAAUUUAAUCUCACAUUAGUGAAAAGCUAGAGCCGGUCCACCAUGGUCCUUCUCAACAACGGAACAACUGUCCACAUCGUGGAGUACCUGGAGAACUCCCUGGGUAGACACAGCAACAGAUCUCUAGAGGAGAUGGUUCUCCUCUCCGUAGGGAUGAGUCUUUAUACUAUCCUGGGAGUCUUGGGAAAUGGGUUGGUACUGAUGGCGCUGAUCACACAAAGACGAUGGGCAGGUCUAGACUCGGUCAUGCUCAUCUUUAUCUUCAACCUGACCUCCUGUGAUUUCCUUAUCUGUUUGAUAACAUUUCCUGCUACUGCUAUCAGCAGUGCUGUCGAUAAGUGGAUUCUGGGAUCCACAUUUUGCUGGGUUGUAGCAGUUUGUGCAACGUAUCUGCGGAUAGCAGCAAUCUUAUUUAUGACCAUGAUCUGCAUUCAUCGUGUCAUAGUAAUCAUGUACCCGUUUGACGAUGUGAUAACAGACUCACGAGGAAAGGUAGCAUGUGUGUUCAUCUGGAUAGUUUCGUUAGCACCGCAAAUAUUCCCCUUCUUUGGGUACAAUCCCUUCCACUACGACCCGAUACGGGCUCUGUGUAUUGCCGAUCUACACACUGAUAACGCAACAAUAAGUGUGUCAAGCAUAGCUGCUAUUAUCUACGUAGCCAUACCUAUGUUACUCAUAACUCUUAUCUAUUCUAAGAUACUCUACAUCGCCAUAUCAAGCAGACGCAAAAGGCUGAAUAUAGGCCAGGUAUCGAGCGGAAGGACCAGUAAACCGGGUAGUAAAGCCAUCAUCACGACACUCAUACUGGUGGGGAGCUUCAUUCUGUGUUUCCUUCCUUUCCUUGUUAUCACUGGGGUCAAUCAGGCUACUAACAGUGUGACUGGAGGAAUGAUAAUCUGGGGGGAGUUCAGCUCUUCUCUACACUGUGUCCUAAACCCCCUCAUAUACUUCCACACAAAUCUAACAUUCCGGAAAUUCCUUCUGAGACCUUUCCGGGGGACUGUCUUGGAGAAGACAAAGUUCUUUACUAAAUACAAUGAUACCGGGACGAACCGCCAACAUUUGAAUAUUUCGAAUGCUAUAAUUUUGCAGAAGAACCCCCGUUUAAGUGCAGCAGCUCGACCAUCCUCCUCCCUUCCUAGAAUCUCAUUAACAAAGAUCCAUAACCUAUCCCACAUCAAUGAGAACAGUGUGGUGAAAUCUCAACCGAUCAAUAGGAAAGUUCUAGCACCGACCAUUUCUUCCGUUACUGAUAACACAAUCUUAUCUCAAUCCGACUUGUACAGUGUACCUGAUACAAACACAAUCAUGUCUCAGUCCGAGUUCAGUGUUGGGGAUAACACGGUCAUGUCCGAGUUUAGUGUCGUGAGUCAUGACUAUGAGGAGCUGUGGGAGACCAAUAAUGACUGUUUUGAGAUAAGACAAAACACCAUUUGAUGUGAACCAUGAGAUGUUGAUUGUUGACGAGAUGCUUGUCUCAAAUUUUGAUGUUUUUCAUUAGUGAUAUGUUUGAGACUGUCUACUUUCGGAAAACUUUGAUACUCGUCACUAAAAAAACGCUUUUUAGUUCUUUUGUCGUGAAUAUGAAGUUUCAAUUCAUAAUGUUUCUUUUUUAUUGUAAUUUACAAACUUUCAUUGUAUGUAAAACAAUUUGAAUUUUGAUGGACAUGUUCAUUGUUGAAAAUCUGUGUGCGUCAUUUCUGCAGACAAUUCGGUGCGCCCGAGUGGUGGUUCCUACAAUAAAAUAUCAAUACCUCCUCC